AUGUCGGUAUACUACGACGCAGCUACAAUUCUGGGCUCUGAGUCGCGGGCCGGGUCUCUAAAGUCAAGGAUAUACGACAACAAACUUGGCCUAGGAUCAAAACCAACCCACCUGUACGCCCUGAUCUCCGAAGCUGCGAAAUACGACAAUUUCCUCAAACAAGUCAUCGACGCUGCCAAUUUCUUAGCGCAGGAACCAAAGUUGACCCCAGUCCUCGCUCUUCUUCUCGUCCAUGACUACUUCUUCGCUAAAGGUGGGAUCGCAGCCUCUGCGAACCACCAUCUUCGACAUGCAAUCGAGAGACACAAGGCAAGGUUGCAAGCAGAAUUUACCAGGGCCAGGCUGAAGAAAAAAUGUGCCACCGUCGAACAACUGAAAGUGCUUCUUCUGAGUGAGAAGUCGCCUUCGCACCGCUCGGCACCGCGAUGGAUACGCAUCAACACCCUCAGGUCAACUUUGGAACAGGAGCUCGCCACAACAUUCAAAGACUACAAAUUGGGCGCACCAGUUCUCGAAAUUGCUUGUGCGCCAGCUGGCGCGAAGAUCUUAGCCAUCGACGAACACGUGCCUGAUCUCCUGGCCCUGCCACCAGACGCAAACUUCACAAAGACACAAGCAUAUACAGAUGGCGCAAUCAUCCUGCAAGACAAGGCUUCCUGCUUUCCCGCAUAUCUGCUUAAUGGGGAUCCAGCUGAAGCUGAAAUGAUAGAAGAUUGUAUGGAUGGAUGCGCAGCUCCUGGCAACAAAACCACACAUCUUGCGGCUCUUGUCCAUUUAACGACUCGGCGGAAUAUAAACAUCUUUGCUUGUGAGAAAGAUGACCGAAGGUCCAAAAUUCUGAUGACCAUGACGAAUAAAGCGGGCGCCGGAAAUGUUAGUGUGUUGGAGAGACAGGACUUCCUGGCACUAAACCCUCAAGAUCCGCGUUUCGUAAAUGUGACGCAUCUUCUACUGGACCCAAGUUGUUCCGGAAGCGGCAUUCUGGGCCGAGAAGACAUUCCUGCUUUAGCCCUACCUAUCGACCCGAAGUCUCAGCAAUCAAAAGGAAGUACACCAUCUAAAGGCUCCAAGAAGCGAAAGCGAGGCCUAGAAGCACUUGUACAGAGCGCGGUCGAUGCUGUGGAGACUACCGCAGAUAGUUUUGCAGAAGAAACCAAGGAGACUACAUACGAUCUUGCCAGACUCCAAAAACUGUCAAUCUUGCAGGCCAAAAUCGUACAACAUGCAUUCGCAUUUCCUGCGGCCACCAAGGUCACGUAUUCGACAUGUUCAGUCCACGUGGAAGAGAACGAAGCUGUGGUAGCCAAGGUAUUGGGUUCAACAAUAGCCAAAUCGCGAGGUUGGAGUGUUCUGAAGCGGCAAGAUCAAAUUUCCGGCUUGCAGAAAUGGGUACAUCGCGGUGCUGAAAAGGGUAUGAAUACUGGAACCUUGGAAUUGGAUGAUGAAGCCCGAGAGGCAUGCAUUCGUUGUCAUCCAGGCGAUGAGCACGGGACGAUGGGGUUCUUCUUGUGCGGCUUCGUCCGCAAUAAAUCUGACCCAUUGCAUGUGGUAACGUCACAGGCUGAGUCGGGCCAAGAUGAGGAAGGCUGGGAAGGGUUUGAUGACUGA